AUGACUCGACAAAUCGUCUCACCCGUUCCAGCGGACGACGAAUACUAUGAUCUUGGCUCGUUUGGCCAUAGCAUCACCACCAACAGCGGUGAUGCCCAGAUCUGGUUCAAUCGCGGUUUGACCUGGGUAUACUCAUUCAAUCAUGUUGAAGGCGCCUACUGCUUUGAGCAAGCCAUUGCGCACGACCCUACAUGUGCGAUGGCAUAUUGGGGUCUCGCCUAUGCGGUCGGUCCAAACUACAACAAGCCGUGGGAGAAGUUCGACCUAGGAGACCUUCACAGAUCGGUGCAACGAGGGUACGAGGCAUCGCGAGAGGCAGCCAAACACGCCGUCAAUGCCACUCACCUGGAGCGAGCUUUGAUCGAGGCUAUCCAAUCCCGGUUCCCCACCGAUCAACCUGCGACGGAUUACGCAGCCCUCAACAAAGGGUAUGCCGCCGCUAUGAAGCUAGUUUACGAUAUUUUCGGGCGUGAUCUGAACAUUGCCACCCUCUAUGCCGACGCGCUGAUGAACAUGACUCCGUGGUCCCUGUGGGACCUUUUCACUGCGAAACCAAACCCGAAUGCGCCCACAAUGGAGGUCAAGGCGGUUCUCGAACGAGCUCUUGCGCAGGAAGAGGAUGGGCCAUAUUUAAAUCCCGGACUGCUCCAUCUCUAUAUUCAUUUCAUCGAAAUGUCACCAACCCCGGAGUUGGGUAUUAACGUGGCCGAUCAUCUGCGAGACCUUGUGCCCGACGCUGGUCAUAUCCACCAUAUGCCCACACAUUUGGAUAUCCUCAUUGGUGACUGGCGACGGUCCAUAGCGUCAAACCACAACUCCACCCUUGCAGAUGAUAAGUAUUUCCGCAAGUCAGGAGCCAAGAACUUUUACACGUUCUACCGUCUGCAUGACUAUCAUUCUUUGAUCUACGCUGCUAUGUUUGCCGGCAGACGUAAGACCGCCCUUGAUGCCGUCACUCGCAUGGAAGCAACAGUGCCGGAGGACGUUCUUCGAAUUCAAUCACCACCCAUGGCCGACUGGUUAGAACAGUUCAUGUCUAUUCGCCUACAUGUGAUGGUUCGCUUUGGUAUGUGGGAGGAGCUUAAGCGCAAAGAGCUGCCGCAUGAUCAGGAACUUUAUGCAGGUGUAACGGCCACCACGCACUAUGCUAAAGGUAUUGCAUUCGCCGCUACAGGUGAUGUUGCCACCGCCCGAGAGGAACAAGAGCGCUUUCAUCAGGCAUGGGCUCGCGUGCCAGCGACUCGCCGUGCCUACAACGGAAAGAUCGUUGACGUACUUGGUGUGGCUUCUGCUAUGCUAGAAGGAGAAAUUGAAUAUCGGUGCGCAAACUACGACAAGGCCUUUGCAUCCCUCCGCGAAGCGAUUGAUCUUGAAGACAAACUACCGUAUAGCGAGCCGUGGUCGUGGAUGCAACCUGUUCGCCAUGCGUAUGCGGCCCUCCGAAUGGAACAGGGUUAUCUGGAGGAAGCAGCACAAACGUAUCGUGCCGACCUGGGCCUGGAUCACUCUAUCAUCCGACAGCGUCGGCACCCAAACAAUGUAUGGUCACUGCAGGGAUACUACGAGUGCCUGGUUCGCCUAGGGAGGAUGGAUGAAGCAGCUAUGAUCGAGCAGCCGGCUAAACUAGCCCUUGCCGCGGCUGAUGUUCCGAUCAAAGCAUCAUGCUUUUGUCGCUUGGAUACCGCUGAGAUACCGCAGGUUCUCAAUGGUUGCUCGAAGGGGAAGUGCUGCUAG